CUGGAAACCCGAAGUCCCCAAGUCUCCAUUCUCCAUUCUUGGAACCCUAGCCCAUUAACCCCUUCUUCUCCGUCUCCGUUGCCGGGCAAGCUCAGCGGUGGCCAGCGAGUGGACGAGUCUCCAUACGAGGCUCUUGACUUGACUCAAACAAUCAAUAACCCUUCUUCCUUGAAGGCGAUUACAGUUGGCAGCUGAAAUUUAUCAAGGGCGAUUAAAGCGGCGGAAGGCCAACUUACCGUUCCUCUUCUCUGGCAAGUCUCCAUAUAAGGCUAUUGAGUUGGGUCCCUGCCCUGGUACCUUUCUUCUUCUACGUCUUCGGCCAGCGAGUCUCUUUCUUCUCUAGCUUAUAUUUCAUUUGAGGCAUUUGUACAAACUUCAGUUAAAUGUGUCCUAGCCAGAAAACGUAAACUCUCACAGAUAAAUGUUGCCUAGCCCUUACAUGAUAUGAAGGCUGGGACGGAACAGCUCAAAGCAACCCUGAAGCCGAAGAGGACGAUCCAAUAAGGCUGAAAAUCGCGCAUCAAACGCGCCAUAGCGGCAUAGAGAAUCACCUUGCAGCUCACAACAAAGAUUGUUUCUUUCGGCCUCUCCUUCACGUUGUGCUUUUACAAAUCAGAGUUUGCAAACCUUCACCAUGAGUCUACCGCAAUAACCGAUUUUGGAUUCUUUCUCGGUCUCGGGUUAGCAGUAGAUUCGCUUAGAUCGGCUGACGAAUAGUUCAAGGUCUUCUCAAAGCAGAUAGCAGGAUUCCCUUUUUCAUUGAGUGCAAUGAAUCCAUUGACAUUGGUGAAACGUAUACAGAACAUCAAUUCCAAAGAAGCGGCACUAGGAAUUUCUGAAGAUGCUUCGUGGCAUGCAAAAUACAAGGAUUCGGCUUAUGUUUUUGUGGGUGGUAUCCCGUUCGAUCUUACUGAAGGAGAUCUCCUUGCAGUCUUUGCCCAGUAUGGAGAGAUAGUCGAUGUUAAUCUGGUUAGAGAUAAGGGUACUGGUAAAUCCAAAGGAUUUGCCUUUGUUGCAUAUGAGGAUCAGAGGAGUACAAAUCUUGCAGUAGACAAUUUAAAUGGAGCGCAAAUUCUUGGCCGAAUUAUAAGGGUUGAUCAUGUUGAUAAAUAUAAGAAGAAAGAAGAAGAGGACGAAGAGAAAGAGCAGAAGAUGAGGGAAGAACGAGGGGUCUGCCGUGCUUUCCAAAAAGGUGAAUGCAACCGUGGAGCUACAUGCAGAUUUUCCCAUGAUGAGCAAAGAUGUGCCAACACAGGCUGGGGUUCCAAGGACACUGAUUCAAAAUGGGAUCAUGACAAGUAUGAUGGUCCAUCUAAGAGCCAUAGAAGAUCUAGGAAUAUUUUUGAGGAUCGCCCUCCAGAGUCUGCCAUCCAAGAUAAGGGUUCAAGGUUCAGGUUGGAAGACAAUGAUGGGAUUUCUAGAGCAGAAAGUGAUGAGAUGAAGAGGAAAGGUGAACGUAGGCAAAGGGAAAUGAAUCCAAGGGAUCAGGAUAGGCUAGCUGCUGAGAAACAGUUGGAAUGGAAAGAGAAGGAACAGAGACGUGGGAAGAUCCUAAUAGACAAGAAAUUGAGAAACGAUCAAGACAUGAUGAAUCAAAAUCAAAUCCUAGAGAGGUUCAUGAUAGGAGAGGAAGGGAGAGACACGAUGAAUCAAAAUCAAAUCCUCGAGAGGUUCAUGAUAGGAAAGGAAGGGAGGAGAAAAGGUCAGGAAGGCAUGAGUCAGAACCUAAUCCAAAAGAUGAGCGAGAUGGGAGAGGUCAGAAACGAUCAAAAUAUGAUAGAGGAUAAAUGAAAUGCAUGAUAGGUGAUCAUAUAACUGAAGAAUCUUGUGGUGAGCAAGACCGCAGCUUAUGAAAACACCUACCAUGGUCUGGGGUUAAAGGUAUGGUGUCAGAUUGAAUCUGACACCAUGUUGUGUGGCCAUUUUGUUUACAUGUUGGUUCCUUUCAGCAAUUCAAUCUGUGCAUUCUUGGCAUAUCAAUCACAUGGUGGUGUAACUAAAGUGUUGAACUUAAGAAUUUGACAUUAUGGUAAGUGAAGAGUUAUUUGUCAAUUUUGUUUGCAUUGUGACUCGCAAUUGUUAUUUAUGCAGAGUAUACAGAAACACAGGAUAAAAGUGGUUUUGAUUCCUGAUCA